UUUCACUUCCACCUGCUUGCUUACCUAUUUGUUGUGAUAAUCUCGAAGCUUCCUUUUCCGUUUUAGAUCUCAAAAUUCAAAAGGCUCUCUUUUUCAUCUCAUGGCUGCUACUAUUGUCUCCGUCAAAGCUAGGCAGAUCUUCGACAGCCGUGGAAAUCCUACGGUUGAGGUUGAUGUGGAAACAUCGAACGGUAUAAAGGCUAGGGCCGCAGUUCCUAGCGGUGCAUCCACUGGAAUUUACGAGGCUCUUGAGUUGAGAGAUGGAGGUUCCGAUUACCUCGGUAAAGGUGUAUCGAAGGCUGUUGCUAAUGUUAACACAAUCAUCGGCCCUGCAUUGAUUGGAAAGGACCCAACCGAGCAGACUGCAAUUGACAAUUUCAUGGUUCAACAACUGGAUGGAACCCAAAAUGAGUGGGGUUGGUGCAAACAAAAGCUCGGUGCAAAUGCCAUUCUUGCCGUCUCCCUUGCUGUUUGCAAAGCUGGAGCUGAAGUCAAGAAACUUCCCCUUUACAAGCACAUUGCUAACCUUGCUGGUAACAGCAAGUUGGUUCUUCCUGUCCCUGCUUUCAAUGUCAUCAAUGGUGGUUCACAUGCAGGAAACAAAUUGGCUAUGCAGGAGUUCAUGAUUCUUCCUGUGGGAGCAUCAUCCUUUAAGGAGGCCAUGAAAAUGGGUGUUGAAGUCUAUCACCAUUUGAAGUCUGUGAUUAAGAAGAAGUAUGGUCAAGAUGCAACCAAUGUUGGUGAUGAAGGUGGCUUUGCUCCUAAUAUCCAGGAGAACAAGGAAGGACUUGAAUUGUUGAAUACCGCCAUUGCUAAAGCUGGUUACACUGGCAAAGUUGUUAUUGGAAUGGAUGUUGCCGCGUCUGAAUUUUAUGGAACAGAUAAAACUUACGACCUGAACUUCAAAGAAGAGAACAAUGACGGUAAACAAAAGAUCUCAGGAGAUGCUUUGAAAGAUUUAUACAAGUCAUUCGUAGCCGAGUAUCCAAUUGUGUCAAUCGAAGAUCCAUUUGACCAAGAUGAUUGGGAGCACUACUCCAAACUAACCAAUGAAAUCGGAGAAAAAGUUCAGAUUGUAGGAGAUGAUCUUUUGGUCACCAACCCAAAGAGGGUUGCGAAGGCAAUUGCCGAAAAAACUUGCAAUGCCCUUCUUCUCAAGGUCAAUCAAAUUGGAUCUGUUACCGAAAGUAUCGAAGCUGUGAAAAUGUCCAAGCAAGCUGGAUGGGGUGUGAUGGCCAGCCACCGCAGUGGUGAAACGGAGGAUACUUUUAUUGCUGACCUUUCAGUCGGUUUGGCCACGGGCCAAAUUAAGACCGGAGCUCCAUGCAGGUCUGAGCGUUUAGCCAAGUACAAUCAGCUUCUGCGAAUUGAGGAGGAGCUUGGUGCGGAAGCUGUCUAUGCUGGAGCCAGCUUCCGUGCUCCAGUUGCACCCUAUUAAGAUGCUUGUUUAGAUGAUAAUUUGCUGAGACUGGAUGCGUGCGGCAGAGCUUCAGUGGUUUAUUGUGACCCUAAGACAUGUUUCAAUAAUUUUGAUAGCAAUUUUGUACUUGUUCAGAAUUAUAUCAAUCUCGGUGUUAUUUUUGUUGGACUUUGCCUGCAUAUAUGCUCGCUAUUUUCAUAAAUAUAUGAUGCUUGAAAUCAA